GCGCUGAACUACGGCAUGGCGGCGGGGGACGUCGGGAUGGUGGUCGUGGCCCCCGCCGCGUCCUUCCACCACACGCACCACCAUCACCACCACCACGACGCCGCAUCCAACCCCGACCCCAUCUUCCCGCUGCUCUCCGCCGGCCCCUGCGUGCUCGAUCCGGACGCGGCCAAGGCGGCGGCGGCCGCCAGCAGCGGCAUCCAGUUCUGGCAGUCCUCCUCCUCGCAGCAUCACCAGCAGCAGCCGCAGUCGCCGCCGUCGGGCGGCAACAACCCUAACCCUAGCCUCGGCGCCUUCUACCUGAAGAAGCCGCUCCCGAUGCUCGACACGGGCGCCGCCGGCUCGUCCGGGUCCGGCACCGCCACGUGCCAGGACUGCGGCAACCAGGCCAAGAAGGACUGCAGCCACAGCCGGUGCCGCACCUGCUGCAAGAGCCGCGGCUUCGACUGCUCCACCCACGUCAAGAGCACCUGGGUCCCCGCCGCGCGCCGCCGCGAGCGACAGCACCUCGGCGGCUCCGAACCCUCCCCGGCCACCGCCGCCGCUGCCGCUUCGAAGAAGCCUCGCCUCCUCUCCUCCCAGCAGGCGGCCACCUCCCACACCUCCACAUCCAACGCCACCACGCCGCGCAGCUACGACACCACCUCAAGCCAUCAAGACCCGUCGUUCAGGGGGAGCCUGCCGCGGCAGGUGCGCGCGCCGGCGGUGUUCAGGUGCGUGCGCGUCACGUCCGUCGACGACGGCGAGGACGAGUACGCGUACCAGGCCGCCGUCACCAUCAACGGCCACGUAUUCAAGGGCUUCCUCUACGACCAGGGCGUCGACGACGGGCGCGCCAGCAACGACAUCGACUCCACCGCGGGCGUGCCCAGCAUGUCAGACCUGCACCUCGGCGGCGGUGGCAAUGCCGGGAGGGGCGCCGGCGUGCCCUCCUCCUCCAUGGCGCCCUCCGACAUGUACGGCGGCGGAGGAGCUAGUCAUCAGCACAUACUUGGCGGGUCGGGCUAUGGUAACACCAUGAACUGAGAGCUAGUACUACAACUGCUGCUAGAAGAGUAAGGCUUACAUCCAUCAUUACCAUUCUUUUUCUUCCUUCUUCUCUUCAUUGCUUGAUCUCACUAGCUAGUAGAGGAGAUCGAUCAAUGCAUGGUGUCUGCUGUUAAUUUGUUCAUGCUGUACAAGUAACAUGGAAGAAUCCAUCCUUCUUAGUCUAGUUCCUGUUAGUACUUCCUUCAUUUUCUAGUGUACGUAGCUGAAAGUAAUAAUAAUUGGGGAUUUCGAGAAAAGAAUAUAAUGCAAUAUCAUCAUCCACAGCUAUAGCAAGGUGUUGCCUGCUGGUUUAUGCCCUGUGGUUCCUUCUUAUCAUGUUCCCAAUGCCUGCCUUGCCUGUCUUUCCAUAUAUGGGGAUCUGCUCAGGGUGCAAACCGUGUAGGCCGUGGGCAUCAUUUCAAGCAGGCAGACACGCAGAGGCGUGCACUGUUCAUCCUCACCAUAGAUUAUGAGAGGCCGAGCUGAAAAGUUUGACUCUUGUUACACUUGCUUGGCUUCCACUCUUUGCGUGCCUGAUUUGGCAUCCAAUGCAUGGCACGCUUAUCUAUCUUCUUGUUCAUCUCCACUGCGCCCAGCAUGUUUUUUUCCUCAUCUUUUUCCACGGGUAGGUAGGAUAGGAACGGAAGGCAUAUGCAUUCUUGGCAUAGCUUUGUGCUUUGGAGAGCAUCUUCUACUAAUUGCAUUGGAACUUGUGUCCUAGUAGAGGCCAAUGUGUAAUGCAUGUGAUGAGAGAAUUCUUGCGCUUAGUAUACAUCAUCUUAUCUUACUCUACGUGUUAAACUAUGCUUGCAUCUUCUUCUUUUGAUUGGCAUGUUUUGUAUAGUACUCGGAGAGGAUGCAUGAGGAGGGGGCAGGAUCAUGGUUGCUUCCUCCUCCAUGGUUUUUUGUGCUAGCCUCCAUAUUUAUUCCCCCGUGCAGGAUCCCAUCAAGGAUUGACAAGAUGUGAAAUGAAAGAAAGGCGUGUGAAAAGCGAAACCCAUGCAUGUUUGAUUGAUUUUGGUUCACUGCCUUGGAUUGCGGUGCUGCCUUUGCUUGUUGGGUGAAUUUUUUGGUCGGCUAGGCUAGCUUGCUUAUGCCACUGUAACAAGUUACUCUACCAGCUAGUGGCAUCAUGCACAUGGGUGCAUAGGCAGUCAUGAGCCACGAACAACUUUUUAAAAAUUUGGGAUUGGUGUUAGUCGCUGGGCUAUCUUGUCAUCAUCAAAGCUGCUAUUAUCUCAUGUGUGUGAUGAUUGAAUUCCUCCAUGUCGCCUUGUCGACUGUUGCCAUCUUUUGGGGAGCACGG